AUGUUCUUGGCCUCCGUCUAUAAGACUUUUGAAGACCUCAAUCCACCCAACGCUCUUCAUCGACGAUCCCCACCAGCUUAUCAUGGAAUAUCCAACCCACUCACAGUCAACUUCGAGCACAAGCUCAUCCUUGGUGCAGAUUCCUUGCCAUUUACAAACGAGCCUUUCCCGUGGCUGGGCGAUCCGGGCCUCGAGAAUAUAGGCUGCUAUAGUCCGACCAUUGGUCAACAUGCGUCUACUUCUGGCGACUUUCUUCUUUUCGGGGAUCCCGUUCUGGACACGUCCUCACGUCCUCCGUUUCCAUCGUCUUGCGAGCCUUAUGUAUCCCCCGGCAACCGAGGAUUCGAGGAUAUAAAAUUAUUUGGCUCAUGUGGCCUGAUUAGUGGCGAAUUUGAAACCUGGAGCUCCUCUCUGGUCGAUCCCUCAGGUCCCCACGCAGCCCAGCCGAUCCUUCCACCUCCUAUUCCCGAAUUUCAGCUUCCUUUGAUCAAUUCGACAUCCGAGGGACAGCAGAAUACCUCCGUAGAAAGUGCUCCGACUACACAGAACUCCAACAGCCAAGGCGUAGACAAGGCAGCAAAACAGCGGGCCAUAUGUGCCACAUGUCUGGGCUCUCAUUCGCGUCCAGUACGCUACCGAGAGUGCCAGAAUAAGGCCAGUAAGAAACCUCAGUUUAAGUGUGACCGUAUCUGUGGUAAUACGAGCUGCACCGCAAAAUUCUACAGCAAGGAGCUCUUGGGGCGUCAUACCCGUCCUCGAGACGAGAGGCGAAUGCGAUGCAACAAUUGGUAG